AACCCCCAAAAAUCCCCAAAAAAUCCCCAACUUUCCCCAAAACCCCCCGAAUUUCCCCCAGGAAACGUGGCCUGGAUGCACGUGCUGGCCGCCCGCGCCGCCCGCGCCCGCCCGGCCUCGGUGGGCGGCCAGUUCUUCUUCUGCUACGACGCCUCGCCCUGGGCGCCCUACGAGGACUUCAACCUGCUGCUGCUGGGCCCCGCCGGCAUUUCGGGGGGUCCCCGCGUCCCCCCGAGGCUCUCGGCCUUCCUGGCCUGGCUCAACGGGGUGCUGAGGGCGGUUUUGGGGCGUUUCGGGGUGUUCUGGGCGCCGCUGCUCAACCCCUACACGUGGGCGGUGGCGUCGACGCCGUUCAGCGUCCGCACGGACAAGGCCGAGCGGGAGCUGGGGUACCGGCCGCUCUUCUCCUGGGAGGAGGCCAGGGACAGGACGGUGGGGUGGGUCAG